AUGGACCCUUCAAUAUUCUUCCUUUCCUUCCUUCCAGAUGAUUAUGAUCCGCAUCCUUGGUGGCUGCUUGACCUAGGUAGUAAUCACAACUUGAGUAGAAUCAACGUCACUCUCCGAAAGGAUCUCGGGGGUGUUCGUUUCAUCGGGGCGAUAGCGCGAGCUGGACUGAGCCCCAACUUCACCGAGAACCUGCCGUGCGGCUCACCGGCUACCAGCGAACAGUGUAAGAAUGGAGCCGUGAUCUCAUUCCUGUGCGAGCCACCGCGGACGGCUAGGUACGUCAGCUUGGACAUCGAUACUUCCAUGCCCGGUGUAGUUGCGACACGGGCAUAUCUGCAACUUGCCGAGGUGACGGUGGAAAACGUCACGUCUGGAGAGGGUGCUGCCCUCCAUGUUUAUGGAAAAAGUACAUCACAGAGCUCAACAUGGGACGCUCACCCUGCUUAUAAGGCUAUCGAUGGAUGGACAUAUACCUACACGCACACUGAUGAUUAUGAUCCCCAUCCUUGGUGGCUGCUUGACCUAGGUACCAAACACUGCUUGGGUAGAAUCAACGUCAUUCUCCGAACGGAUCUCGGUGGUUUUCGUUUCAUCGGGGCGAUAGCCCGAGCUGGACUGAGCCCCAAGUUCGCCGAGAACCUGCCGUGCGGCUCACCAGCUACCAGCCAACAGUCUAGGGAGGGAGCCAGGAUACCGUUCCUGUGUGAGCCACCGCGGCUUGCUAGGUAUGUCAGCUUAGACAUCAAUACUUCCAUGCCCAGUGUAGAUGCAACACGGGCAUAUCUGCAACUUGCCGAGGUGGAGGUGGAAGAGUAUACGUCUGGAGAGUGUGCUGUUUCACAAGGAGUGUGUAGUAACGACAUAGGACCCCCCACCAACGGAGACCACACCAUCACCAACCCGCGUUCACUGUCUUACAAUCUCAUCAACUACACGUUCUUCGGGACUCGUGUAGAUUUCUCCUGCGACCCUGGAUAUACCCUCCAUGGAGCAUCCAGCAUUGAAUGCAUUGAGACUGGCUACAACAACGUCACGUGGAGUGACUCGGUACCAACAUGUGAAGAUUAUGUUUGUAUCAACCCGAAUCCCUGCCAAAAUGGCGGCACGUGUAUUCGAGAGAUCACCGGCGAUUUGUAUAACUGUUCCUGCCCCGCCGGGUUUAGUGGAGGGGAUUGCCAAACCGAUGACCCUUGCAUGCCCAAUCCCUGCCAGAAUGGCGGACAGUGCAUGCCGCAAGGCAACACGCAUGAAUGUACGUGCCAAAAUGGCGCAACGGGCAACAACUGUCAAAACGCUAAUGCAAACACCACGACGAUCAAUAUUGUUGUUGUCAUUGUCGUUGGCGUCGUCUUGAUUGUCGUGCUGGUCAUUGUCGUGGUUUGCUUCGUCAAGAGGUCACGGCGCAGGCGUAGAGGCGGCCGGCCGCCUGCUGUUGAUAGAGGGCGUGGACAGGAGCUCAUUCAAAAGAAAUUGUCGAAUGUUUAUUGGAUUGACACUCAUCAAGCAUCGACAUCGGAGUUCAGUGGACCAGCCAAGGAGUUCCCGCGGGACAAACUGCACAUUCUCGGCCAGUUAGGCAGCGGCUCGUUUGCUGUGGUCUUCAAAGCCGAGGCAGAGGGAAUCAUCCGUAGGGGAACCAAUACGACGGUGGCCGUGAAGAUGUUGAAAGAAUGUGCUACACCCAACGAUCAGAGUGAUUUCAAGAAAGAGUUGCGACUGUAUUCCAUGUUGGACCGACAUCCCAAUGUCCUGUCUAUGCUCGGAUACUGCAAUGAUAAAGACCCGAUGUACAUAAUCCUGGAAUACGUUCCCCAUGGAGACCUGCAGACCUACCUGCGACACAUUCGGACGGGCACCGAACCCUUCUACCUGAAGAAGGAAGAGUUCAAGGAGAAGAAGGACCUGACACCGACGGAGAUCCUGACUUUCGCAUCUCAGGUAGUCAGGGGGAUGGAGUACCUAGCAUCGAAACAGUGCAUCCACAGGGACUUGGCGACCCGUAACAUCCUCCUUGGCCAGGGACUGGUAUGCAAGGUGUCCGACUUUGGACUGGCUCGAGAAGUGGCCGAGAAAAGCCAAUACGAAAUGAAAUCACAGGGCAAGGUACCAGUUCGUUGGAUGGCACCUGAGUCACUGCUUAGUAAUAUAUACACGAGCAAGAGUGACGUAUGGUCAUUUGGUGUUCUUCUGUGGGAACUCGUCACGUUAGGAUCGCAUCCAUACCCCGGCAUGUCAUCGCAGAAGGUCAUCGAUGAAAUAAAGCAUGGCUACCGUCUACCCAAGCCAGAGCACUGUAGCGACGACAUAUACCAGAUAAUGAAGGACUGCUGGCAGGAGAAACCUGAAGACAGGCCGGAUUUCGCUGGUCUUCACACCACCAUAGACGACAUCCUUGCAGACGCAGCGGGCUAUCUCGAGAUGGGAAAUCUUAACACAGACGAUUACGUGUACCUGAAACCUGGCCAAGGUUCGAAGAGCACCACUCACUCGCUCACCUGUUCGCCCACAGGCAGCAUCGAGUCAGGCUGA